AUGCAAUUUCUCUACCGUGCGUUGUUGGUGCUUGCGGCUUUCGUCCUGGAUUCUACCUCAGCGGAUGUGAUAGCCAAGGUGGUUCACCUAAGUAUCCUACGCUUCACUCGCCCAGUCGAGGAGAACCUGAUCAAACGGCACUUGAGAGUUGUGGACGACAACGAGAGAGGAUUUCCAAGGGGUCCCAGCCUAGAAAAGAUCACAGAAACGAUCGAAUCUGUGGCUAAAAAAAUCUGGCCGAAAUCGAAACCUUCCCAAAGCGAUGUCCCGGACGAAAAAGUCUCGCAGUUGCUCGGUGCAGCAAAACCAGUAAGAGCUUCGGUUGAAGCUGCUGCCAGGUUAAAGUCUCUGCAGACCCAACGGUGUCUUGACGAGGGAAAAUCAACACGAGAAGUAUUUCAGCUGCUUGAACUGAACAAGUUUAUGGUGCCUUACUUUAAAAGAUUGAAGGCAUCGGUUUUGGUCAACCGCACCUCGACGCCUGGGUGA